UGAAAAGAGAACAAGCCGAAGUACAUGGAAGUAUAUUUCGUUGAUGCCCGCAUUAUCGAAGAGCAUCGUGCUUUUAGCGUCUUGUAAAUUCUUUGUUUUUUCCCCCCCACAAAAGGACUAGUUAGCCUAUAUGAUGAAACGGAUAUUACCACCAGGGCUGAUGUUACAACAUGCAAGCCAGGCUCCUUAGUAAAAGUUUCGGCGCAUUUCCCAGGAAAGGUGAUUUGGCUGUUUGGUCGAAGAAAUUGAACUGGACAACACGUGCGAUAACGCGGCUUCUACGCUACUGAAUCUUGGAUUUUACCACUCCGUAGUUUUCUCACAAUGAAGAGGAGACAGAAACGGGUGCUUCAGAUGGCAUUUUUAUUCACGAUGGCUUUGAUUUUUCUGCCAAACAUUGGUUUGUGGUCGCUAUUCAAAGAGAAACACCUGAUGAAGUCGCACGAGACGGGGCAGCGGGGAUUUCAAUUAGGCCUGAAUGAAGGACACAUCUACACCUGGACAGACGGACUGAGAAGGAGAGAUUGGCAUGAUAACGAGAGCAUUAGGAGAGAUGAGCUGCGAGUUGGUAAAGGGGAGCAGGGGAAACCAUACCCACUGGCAGAGGAUGAAUGUGAUGACUCUAUGUACAAGGAGAACGGUUUCAACAUCUAUGUCAGCAACAACAUCGCCUUGGACCGCUCUCUUCCAGACAUAAGGCAUCCAAAUUGCAGGCAGAAGCUGUAUUUGGAGAAUCUGCCAAACACCAGUAUAAUAAUUCCCUUCCACAAUGAGGGCUGGUCUACCCUGCUGCGGACUGUUCACAGCAUCUCCCACCGCACGCCUGACCACCUCAUUGCAGAGAUCAUCCUUGUAGACGACUUCAGUGACAGAGAACACCUGAGAGACCGGCUAGAGGGGUACAUGGCACGGUUUCCGAAGGUGAGGAUCGUCCGGACCAAAAAGAGGGAGGGGCUUAUCCGCACCCGCUUGCUGGGAGCCACUGUCGCCAAGGGAGAUGUUUUAACCUUCCUGGAUUCCCACUGCGAAGCCAACGUGAACUGGCUGCCACCUCUACUCGACCAGAUCGCGCAGAACCCCCGCACCAUCGUGUGCCCGAUGAUCGACGUCAUCGACCAUAACCACUUCGGGUACGAGGCCCAGGCUGGGGAUGCCAUGCGGGGCGCCUUCGACUGGGAGAUGUACUACAAACGCAUCCCCAUACCCCCCGAAAUGCAGGGCGCGGACCCCAGCGAGCCCUACGAAUCCCCAGUGAUGGCAGGGGGGCUCUUUGCUGUCAAACGGCAGUGGUUCUGGGAACUGGGGGGAUAUGACACAGGACUGGAAAUCUGGGGAGGAGAGCAGUAUGAAAUCUCCUUCAAGGUGUGGAUGUGUGGAGGCAGCAUGUAUGACGUGCCGUGCUCCAGGGUCGGUCACAUCUACAGGAAGUACGUCCCUUACAAAGUGCCUUCAGGAACCAGCCUGGCCCGGAACCUGAAGCGUGUGGCAGAGACCUGGAUGGAUGAGUAUACAGAGUACAUCUACCAGCGCCGGCCAGAGUACCGCCACCUGUCUCCCGGAGACCUGACCGCCCAGAAGGAACUUCGAAAGAACCUCAAGUGCCGCGAUUUCAAGUGGUACAUGACCAACGUGGCCUGGGACCUGGCCAAAUAUUACCCCCCCGUGGAGCCCCUGCCCGCUUCCUGGGGAGAGAUCCGGAACGUGGCAUCAGGCCUGUGUGCAGACAGCAAGCACGGAGCCACGGGGACAGAGCUACGACUGGACCUGUGUCUGAAGGAGGGAGCUGAGCGCACGUGGGCACACGAGCAGAUUUUUACCUUUGGCUGGAGAGAAGACAUAAGACCAGGGGAUCCUCUUCACACCAGGAAACUGUGCCUGGAUGCCAUCUCCAGCAGCAGUCCAGUGACACUGUAUGACUGCCAUGGCAUGAAGGGCAACCAGCACUGGCAGUACAGAAAGGAUCAAUCUCUACACCACCUGGUGAGCAGCAGCUGCAUGGACUGCAGCCCUGGCGAUAAGAGGAUUUUCAUGAACAAGUGUAACCCACAGUCUGAGACACAGAAGUGGCUGUUUCAGCAUAUCAAUGCCACCAUCCUGGACAAAUUUAACAGCCCAACCAAUUCCUAGGGUUAUCCCAGGAGACACAAACAGCCAAUGACCAUCCUCCUGGACUGCCGGGAGCCUUGGCGCGGGUCUGUUAGCGAAGCAGCUUUUCCUCUUCUGUCUGGAGGUUCCUGUCUCAGGAGUCCCAAUGGGGAACAGGCCAUUCAGCUGACCGAAUUAGGGCCAGCCCACAUGCGUGGUGUAGUAGUUGGAAGGGCGGCUGGACGCAAAAGAACAUAAAUGCGACCACAGCCACCUUGCUGGUCAAGAAACCGUAAACAUGAAAUGCUCUUUUUCUAGCUCAAGGUCCAACUCAGGUCCAACCACCACUGCUACACAUCAGAAAACAGUGGUUGUCAGAUUGAGAGAGGUGUCGAAUGAGGAACAUUCUCAGUUUUUAAAGCAAAGGGCGCAUGAUUGAUUUGCCAGGGUGUCUCUUUGAUGCCUUGCCUCAAUCCUUGACUCUGUGUUAGCACUUUUAUAAUGUUUUUCAUUAUUGUUUUACUAAUGUGUUGAUUUUAUAUCUUUUUGUUUUCUUUUUACAGCAAAUAUAUGUGGGUAUAUUUGAUUGGAUAUGUUGUUUCAGGUUCCCGUGAAAAUGAGGUUGUAAUGAAGUGUGGUAAUCUGGUACAUACAUGAAGUAAAGUUAUUUAUUAAUCACAAUGAAAAUGAAUAAUAUGUUUUCUCAGCUUUCUUCAUUUUUUCAACCCACACAUUAUAAAUUAAACAUGAUGUAAAAGAA